GAGGUGGCUUCAGACCUGGCUGCCCAUAGUUCUCUCUGUCUUGACCAGCUUGAACAGUCUGUUGCGAACUGCCCCACUUCCUAUCCUUAAAAAAACAACAUGGAUCGCCAAAGCUUGAGGGAAGAUCUCCGUCUGUUUCAAACCACUUUGCUGCAGGACGGACUCAAAGAGCUUCUGAAUGAGAACAAGUUGAUUGAUUGCGUCCUAAAAGUUGAAGACAGAGGCAUCCCAUGUCAUCGGCUCAUUCUGGCAGCUUGUAGUCCUUAUUUCCGGGAGCUGUUCUUCUCUGAAGAUGGCAAGGAAGUGGACAAAAAGGAGGUCGUUCUGGAUGACCUGGAUCCCACUGUUAUGGAGGCCAUUGUGAAUUACAUGUACUCAGCAGAGAUUGAUAUCAAUGUAAACAAUGUGCAGGAUAUUUUGACCAUUGCCAAUCGCUUCCAGAUCCCUUCAGUGUUCACAGUUUGUGUGAAUUUUCUCCAGAAGCAGCUGUCAAAGAAAAACUGCAUUGCCAUCUACAGGCUUGGACUGAUGCUGAACUGUGCCAGAUUGGCAAUUGCAGCUCGAGAUUACAUCGCAGAUCGGUUUGAUACCUUAGCCAAGGAUCCGGACUUCUUAGAGCUUGCUCAUCCUGAACUGUUUGCCAUUAUUGGAGCUGAUGCGUUGAAUGUAGAAAAAGAGGAGGUAGUGUUCGAGACCCUGAUGAAGUGGAUCAGGAAAGACAAAGAGAAGCGCUUGAAAUCCUUAGAAGAGGCCUUCGACUGCAUUCGUUUCCGUUUACUCCCAGAAAAGUACUUCAAGGAGAAGGUGGAGAAGGAUGACCUCCUUAAGAGUAACCCUGAGCUUCUCAAAAAAAUCAAAGUGAUAAAGGAAGCCUUUGCAGGGAAGCUUCCCGAGAGGAAAAAGGACGAGGAAGGAGAGGAGGAGAAGUUACCCGGCUACCUGAACGAUAACCGCAGAUACGGCAUGUAUGCCAAAGACAUGGUUCUGAUGAUCAAUGACACUUCUGCUGUGGCCUAUGACGUCCAGGAGAACGAGUGUUUUCUUGCCGCGAUGGCAGAGCAGAUCCCCCGAAACCACGUCAGCCUGAUAUCAAAGAAGAACAAUCUGUAUGUGUUGGGGGGACUGUUUGCAGAUGAAGAGGACAAAGAAAACCCUCUGCAGUGUUACCUCUACCAGUUGGACAGUCUCACUGCUCAGUGGAUCGCUCUGCCACCCAUGCCCUCCCCAAGAUGUUUGUUCGCGAUAGGGGAAUUUGAAAAUCUCCUCUUUGCUGUAGCGGGAAAAGAUUUAGAGUCCAAUGAGUCUCAUGACACUGUUCUGUGCUAUGACACAGAAAAAAUGAAGUGGACUGAAGCAAAAAAGUUCCCCUUGAAAAUCCAUGGCCACUGUGUGGUCUCCGAGAACGGGCUGGUGUAUUGUAUCGGAGGCAAAACAGAUGACAAUAAAACAACCAAUAAAAUGUUUGCGUACAACCACAAGAAGUCAGAGUGGAAGGAGGUGGCCUCCAUGAAGACACCCAGAUCCAUGUUCGGUGCAGUUAUCCACAACGGGAAGAUUGUUGUUGCUGGGGGAGUCAAUGAAGACGGCAUCACGGGUACAUGUGAAGCCUACGACUUUGGAACCAACAAGUGGUCACCCUUCACAGAGUUUCCCCAGGAGAGGAGCUCAGUCAACCUGGUCAGCUCUGGAGGGUUCUUGUACGCCGUAGGAGGCUUCGCCUUGGUGGAGAACGAGGACAAAGAGUGUGCACCCAGUGAAGUCGUUGACAUUUGGCAGUAUGAAGAGGACAAAAAACAGUGGACCGGCAUGAUUAGAGAGAUGCGAUAUGCUGCUGGAGCUUCAUGUGUGUCCAUGCGUCUGAAUGCAGCCAGGAUGCCCAAACUGUAACAGCAGUCCAGAGACAUACAAGGGACUUUCACCUUACUGCUGCAGACAAGAAUAUCAUGAACAUGCUCUUAUUUAGUGGCUCAUUUACACAUGACACGUGUCCAUUUUGUCAGUUUUAACUGGCUUAUUUCUCAUAAGUCAUUGGAGUCUAAAAUUAAACAGUCACUGCUGUUUGGACCAGACAGAUCUUCUAAAACAUAUCAAGUGUUGAGAAUUCCCGACCACCCCACCUCCACCCAAUAAUAAAUAUAUGUGAGUAUUAUUAAUAUUAUCUGGUAAAGGUUUGCAUAGAAAAGAUGUUUUUUGAUGAUUGUUUUCUUUUGUUAAUCUGGAAUUGUUCCUUUUCCAGCUAGUUCCUUGUAACUCUUCAGUAUUAAAAUAUUAUCUCACACAGA